AUGGCCACCAAAAAACCACCAAUACCUCUACGACUGGUCCAGUUCACAUUGGACGUCGCCAAUGGACAACAUGCACUCUCCAAGCUUAUCCCGCCAGUGCUUUUCCUGGCCGACGGCCUGCUAUGUGGGUUGAUCAUAUGGAAGGUCCCUUACACUGAGAUCGACUGGGUCGCCUAUAUGGAACAAAUCUCACAGAUCGUUUCCGGCGAGCGUGAUUACACUAAAGUUCGAGGAGGCACCGGCCCCCUGGUCUACCCAGCUGCUCAUGUCUGGGUCUACAAGGGCCUCUACUACAUGACCGAUGAGGGCCAGAACAUCCUUCUAGCCCAACAACUCUUCGCGGGGCUGUACAUGGCCACACUUGCUGUGGUAAUGGCAUGCUACUGGCAAGCAAAGGUCUGA